GAUAACAUCAUGGCAUACAUUUUCUUGGUGAUAAGAAAAGUAGGUUUAGAGGGCUAGCUGUUUUAUUCAAUGGUGCUCAAGUAAUUUUGCUUCAUGCUCCAUUGCAGACGCCUCUCUUGUGUGUAAUAAAACGUAGUUGUUAUGCAGAUGGCGGAUAGAAAUGGACGGCAGACGACGUCUCCUUGUGCAGCAUGCAAGCUGUUAAGAAGACGAUGCACAGAAACCUGUGUGCUCGCUCCUUUCUUUCCACAGAAUGAUCCCCAGCGAUUUGCAGACGCUCACAGGGUGUUCGGAGCAAGUAAUAUUGUUAAAAUGAUUGAGGACAUUCCAAUGGACAAGAGAGCGGAUGGCGUUAGCAGUAUGGUAUAUGAGGCAAGAGCAAGGCUGAGAGACCCUGUGUAUGGAUGUGCAGGAACGGUUUGGCAGCUGCAGCAACAGGUAUCCAAGUUGCAAUCAGAAAAGGCCAUGUUGCAGGCAGAGCUUCUCCACAUGCAUUUGCAACAGGCCAAUCUGGCUGCUCUAAUCAUGGAUAGAGAGCAACCAUUGUCCACAUCGUUUGAGAGCUUUUCUGCGUCACACAAUAAGAUUUUUCUUCAAGGGCACACUAGUCAUUCCCCUCUGUACAAGGAUGGUUCAGAUGAACAAGAUCCACAUUUGGAUGCUUGCGACCCCCUCUGGAAAUAGUGAUAAGAUACAUGUUUUACAAAAGGCUUACAAAUAUAUCACAUUAUGUUCAAUAGGAAAUGUAAAAUUAAAUCUGGUAUGAAAGAGCAUGAAGGCUUAUAGGAUCUAUGGAACAAAAACUUGUAUAGAUGAUCCAUGUUCAAAUUCUACAAAUAGCUUGUUUUAGCAAGGGCUAUAGUCAACAUACUGUAAAUUUCUCACCAAACACCCCAGUUUGAUGUUUCAGUAUGGAUUUAGAAAUACAUGUAAAUGAUCUGUGAUCACAGUUUCCUUCUUGUCUUUGAAUGUGCAUUCUAUUGAUGCUGUGUUUUUGAAAUUGUUUUUCUUAAUAUAAACUACAACUUAUUUAGAAGGG